AUGUCGAGCCAAUCUGCAGGAGAUACAACGGCACCCGAAGUGCCGGGACCAGCCACUGCCAAUCCGAAGUCUCCUUCGAAAUCGCCAUCGAGAUCUCCACCGGCUCAGAGCGAGCUUGGCCCUGCGGACGAUACUGAUCGAGUUCUAGAUGUUGGUACCGGAAGCGGAAUCUGGGCCAUUGAAUUUGGCGACCGGUAUCCCAAGACGGAAGUAGUUGGUACAGAUCUUUCCCCUUGCCAGCCCCAAUGGGUACCCCCGAAUCUUCGUUUUGAAAUCGAUGAUGCCACGCAACCCUGGACGUGGAAGGAAGAUUAUUUCAGCUUCAUUCAUAUCCGAUAUCUCUUUGGUGCUAUCAAAGACUGGAAUAGUCUCUUUGGCGAGGCGUACCGAUGCUGUGCACCCGGGGGCUGGGCCCAGUCAGGCGAGGCCGAUGUCACAUUCCGUAGUGACGAUGGAACUACUGAGCUGGAACCUGUUUUCAAAACCUACCAGAAGCUUUUUGAAGACGGCAGUAAGAUUCUAGGCAAUCCCUUCUUUGUCCACGAUUUACAACAGAAGGCUUUUGAGGAGGCUGGAUUCAAGGAUAUUGAGACUGUUGAUUACAAGUUCCCGAUUGGCGGCUGGCCCAGGGAUCCAAAACUCGCAGAGGUUGGGCGGUUUGUCAAGGCCACGCUGGAGAACGAUUUGGAGGGUUACACUCUUAUGAUGUGGCAGGACGUUUGCCAAUGGCCCAAAGAUGAGUACCAAGUGUUUCUCAUGAGUUUGCGUAAGGCGAUACGCAACCCAAAGGUGCACAGUUACAUGACCGUACGUUACGUGUACGGUCACAAGUAG